AAUUUUUAGUUCAGAUCACGUGAAAGGAUUUUAUGCCGCUAACAUUAAACACAGAUUACAGGAUUCGGGCAGUGUAGCCAGUUGUGGUUAUGUCUAAAUUUUAAAAAAUAAAAAUUAAUGAAUAAUUGUUGAAAAUGGGUGGCACAAAAGAUAACAGAAAAAAUGGAGCAACAAGGAAGGAAAAGAAAAAGGAUAAAAGAAUGGAUCUAGAAGAACUGAAACAGGAGGUUUCUAUGGACGAGCACAAAAUCUCAAUGUCUGAACUGUGCGCCAGACUAGGAUCACACACAGAAAUAGGUCUCAGUGAGAAUCAGGCGAAGAAGGUUCUAGAAAGGGAUGGACCCAAUGCACUGACACCCCCAAAGAAAACCCCUGAAUGGGUAAAGUUCUGUAAGCAGUUGUUCGGAGGUUUCGCCAUUCUUUUGUGGAUUGGAGCCUUACUCUGUUUCAUAGCCUACUCUAUUCAGACAUCUUCCAUGGAGGAAGCUCCCGACGACAACCUGUAUCUUGGUGUAGUUUUAGCCGCAGUCGUUAUUGUAACAGGAAUAUUUUCUUACUACCAAGAAGCAAAAAGCUCAAAAAUUAUGGAAUCAUUCAAGAGCAUGGUACCUCAGUAUGCUGUAGUGUUAAGAGGUGGAAAGAAGCUGACCAUUUCUGCGGAAGAAGUUGUCCAGGGUGAUAUAGUAGAGGUCAAAGGUGGUGAUCGCAUUCCUGCUGAUAUACGCAUCAUAUCUGCCUCUGGUUUCAAAGUGGACAAUUCAUCUCUGACUGGUGAAUCGGAACCACAGACUCGAUCCCCGGACAUGACGAAUGAAAAUCCAUUGGAGACACGAAAUCUUGCUUUCUUCUCUACAAACUGCGUAGAAGGAACUGGUAAAGGAAUCGUCAUUAAUACUGGUGAUCGUACGGUUAUGGGUAGAAUCGCUAAUUUAGCAUCAGGACUAGAAAUGGGCGAGACCCCGAUUGCCAUUGAAAUCGAACAUUUCAUUCAUAUCAUCACCGGAGUGGCUGUUUUCCUUGGCGUCUCAUUCUUCAUCAUAGCAUUCAUCCUGGGAUACUAUUGGCUUGACGCCGUCAUCUUUCUUAUUGGUAUCAUCGUCGCUAACGUACCCGAAGGAUUAUUGGCUACUGUCACUGUAUGCUUGACCUUAACUGCAAAAAGGAUGGCUUCCAAAAACUGCCUUGUGAAAAACUUGGAAGCUGUGGAGACUUUAGGAUCUACUUCGACCAUUUGUUCUGAUAAAACAGGGACCCUCACACAGAAUCGUAUGACUGUUGCACAUAUGUGGUUCGAUAAUCAAAUCAUUGAAGCUGAUACUACAGAAGACCAGUCCGGUGUACAAUAUGAUAAGAGCUCAGCUGGAUGGCAAGCAUUGGCUAGGGUUGCCUGUCUCUGCAGUAAAGCUGAAUUCAAAGGUGGACAAGAAAAUAUUCCAGUACUUAAACGAGAUUGCAUUGGAGAUGCAUCGGAAUCUGCUAUUUUAAAAUGUAUGGAAUUGGCCAUUGGAAGCGUAUCUACAUACAGACAAAAGAACACUAAAGUGUGUGAAAUUCCGUUUAAUUCUUCAAACAAAUAUCAUGUGACUAUUCACGAUUUGGAAGAUGGUUCUGGUUACUUGUUGUGCAUGAAGGGGGCACCGGAAAGAAUUUUGGAUCGUUGUUCCACCAUCUUCAUCCACGGAAAGGAGAAAGUUCUGGACGAGGACAUGAAGGAAGCAUUCAACGAUGCCUACUUGGAGCUUGGAGGAAUGGGAGAAAGAGUCAUUGGUUUUUGUGACUACAAACUACCUCAGAGCAAAUACAGACCGGGCUAUGCAUUUGAUUCAGAGACUGAGAACUUUCCUCUGACUGGACUCCGAUUUGUGGGACUCAUGGCAAUGAUUGAUCCUCCGAGAGCAGCAGUUCCUGACGCCGUAUCAAAGUGUCGAAGUGCCGGCAUUAAAGUGAUCAUGGUGACGGGAGAUCACCCUAUCACAGCCAAGGCCAUAGCCAAAGCUGUGGGUAUUAUUUCUGAAGGGAAUGAGACGGUAGAGGACAUUGCUGAUAGAAUGGGAGUUUCUGUCGAGAACAUUAAUGCAAGGGAAGCAAAGGCUGCAGUUGUUCACGGAGCUGAGCUCAGAGACAUGACUCCAGAACAACUGGAUGAGCUUCUACGAGAGCACACAGAGAUUGUGUUCGCUCGAACGUCUCCCCAGCAGAAGUUGAUCAUCGUGGAAGGUUGUCAGAGGCAGGGACAAAUCGUUGCGGUCACAGGAGAUGGUGUCAAUGAUUCACCUGCACUCAAGAAAGCCGAUAUUGGUGUGGCAAUGGGAAUCGCAGGAAGUGAUGUCAGCAAACAAGCAGCCGAUAUGAUUCUAUUGGAUGACAAUUUUGCUUCUAUAGUUACUGGCGUAGAAGAAGGACGUCUCAUUUUUGAUAAUUUGAAAAAAUCCAUCGCUUAUACGCUGACAAGUAACAUUCCUGAAAUUUCUCCUUUCCUGCUCUUCAUUCUGGCUGAUGUUCCUCUUCCAUUGGGAACAGUUACAAUCCUCUGCAUCGAUCUUGGAACAGAUAUGGUUCCAGCUAUUUCUCUGGCAUAUGAAAAAGCCGAAAGCGAUAUAAUGAAGAGAAAACCAAGAGAACCUAAAACCGAUAACCUGGUGAACGAAAGACUUAUUUCGAUGGCCUAUGGUCAGAUAGGAAUGAUGCAAGCUGCUGCAGGAUUUUUCACCUAUUUCGUAAUCAUGGCAGAGAAUGGUUUCUGGCCUAGUACAUUAUUCGGUAUUCGUAGAGCAUGGGAUUCAAAAGCAGUUAACGAUGUCCCUGAUUCCUAUGGACAAGAAUGGACAUACAAAGGCAGGAAGACGCUGGAGUACACAUGUCACACUGCCUUCUUUGUGUCCAUCGUCAUCGUCCAAUGGGCGGAUCUCAUUAUCUGUAAGACGAGGAGAAAUUCUUUACUUCACCAGGGAAUGAAGAACCACGUCCUCAAUUUCGGACUUUGCUUUGAAACAGCCCUUGCCGCCUUCCUAUCCUACUGCCCCGGAAUGGAUCGUGGUCUGCGCAUGUAUCCACUCAAAUUCCAGUGGUGGCUGAUCGCUCUUCCAUUCUCUCUCCUCAUUUUCGUCUAUGAUGAAGUGAGGCGGUAUAUACUCCGACAUAGACCUCCUGGCUCAUGGAUCGAGAAAGAAACUUACUACUAAGAAAUCUCGCCUCAUUCUUUAUUCAUCUGCUGUAUUUAUACUUCAUUCUCAAAAUGUCUUUGCACGUCGAUUUUAAUUUAUUUCGUGCGUGUUGGAAAGAUGAACAAUGAAAAAGUACCAUUUUGUGUUUCGUUCAAAGUACCUCACGGAAUUAUGUAAUAUUCUUCAUCUAAGUGUAACAAUUCUACAAUUCUAGAAAAUAAAAUGAUUUUAAUGCCUGAA